CUCAACGAGCGUCCAAUAAGAAACAGUGAGAGAGCUCCGCUGAAAGUGCAUGCAGUAAAUACUAUAUUUAACGAUUUCGAAUUGCUUCGCGGCGUGGGCGUCUUCUUCUUGCUCAACUCGUCCCCCUCUCGUCUCGUAUCUUGCGUCUCGCUCUAACAACGCCGGCAGUUGCACUUAGUGUGAGUGUUUGUGUGUGAGUGUGUCGGUGUGAGUGCGUGCGUGUCUGUGGUUUUCUGAAAGAAUGUGAGAAAUCAUAAUAAAGUCGCGUCGCGAGUUUUUGCUGCUAUUUUGGCAUAUAAUUAGCCAAUAUUUAACACACAUGUGUGUGUUUCAAGCUUAUUUGUGUGUGAACAAAGGCAAGGAUCCCGCUUUGGUCGAAAUAAAUGCAAUCCUGAUGGCAGGAUCAAGGUAAAAUGGAAACAUUUGGGAUCUACUGUAUGAAUGAACCAAAGUUGAAGAAGAAGCAGCAACAACCAAACGGCAGCUAGGAGAGCGAAAGAGAGCGAAGGCAAACAAACGAAAAUACAAAAAAAAUAAAAAAAAGGGAAAACAACAACAAAAGUAAUUUGCAUCGGCUGUUAGCGGAGCAGCCUCGACAUCAGACCCAUCCUCAGCCCCGGUUCCAGAUCCAGCCUCGAGUGGAGUAGCAGUCACAGCCAGAUCCGCAUCCACAUCCACAUCCACCUCCGCAUCCACAACCCACAUCCACAUUCACAGACAUGGUGAUAAGCAAACCCGAUGGAGCGGCGCCCAAUGGAGCGGCGGGAGGAGCGGGCGCCACACCAGCCGCACAGGCAGCUGCUCCAGCUGGCCUCGAUGCCGCCGGGAAUAGUCUGGCGCAUCCCUCGGGGAUACCGCAGGACCAAAUAGACAAUAUCAUGAGCGGCAUCGCCAAUACCGGCAACGUCAAAAUGAACAAUCACCGCAAGAAGCUGCGACAAAGAUUUGAUAUUAUUAAGAAACUAGGACAAGGCACCUACGGCAAGGUGCAAUUAGGUAUUAAUAAGGAAACCGGCCAGGAGGUGGCCAUCAAAACCAUCAAGAAGUGCAAAAUCGAGGCCGAGGCGGAUUUGGUGCGCAUCCGGCGCGAAGUGCAGAUCAUGAGCUCAGUGCAUCAUCCCAACAUCAUCCACAUCUACGAAGUAUUCGAGAACCGUGAGAAAAUGGUGCUAGUCAUGGAGUUUGCCGCUGGCGGCGAGCUCUACGACUAUCUGUCCGAAAGGAAGGUUCUCACCGAGGAGGAGGCGCGUCGGAUCUUCCGCCAGGUGGCCACCGCCGUCUACUACUGUCACAAGCACAAGAUCUGCCAUCGCGAUCUCAAACUGGAGAACAUCCUGCUGGACGAGAAGGGCAAUGCCAAGAUUGCGGAUUUUGGUCUGUCGAAUGUGUUUGAUGAUCAGCGCCUGCUGGGCACCUUCUGCGGUUCCCCACUCUACGCCUCGCCAGAAAUCGUGGAGGGAACUCCGUAUCAGGGACCCGAGGUGGACUGCUGGUCACUGGGCGUGCUGCUCUACACGCUGGUCUACGGCUCCAUGCCCUUCGACGGGUCCAACUUUAAGCGGCUUGUGAAGCAGAUUAGUCAGGGUGACUACUAUGAGCCCAAGAAACCUUCGAGAGCCUCUACUCUGAUCCGCGACAUGCUGACUGUGUGUCCAAGGAAGCGGGCUAGCAUUGAACAGAUCUGCUCGCAUUGGUGGGUGAACGAGAACGAUAAUGUAUCCUGUCUGGACUUGGCCGAGGAUCUGGCCAAUCAGACCCCCGUGCGAUUGGAUGUCCUGCUGUCACUCACGCCGGCCACAAUUACGGCGGAUCAGCUGGUGGUGCCAUCGGCGGAGGGAGCAGCUGCAGCCAAGGCGGCGGCCAAUGAACGCGUUCCUCGCUCCCAUUCGGUUGGCUCGAUCCGGGACAUGGGACCACCGAACACGGAGGCGGAGCGCCGCAUCCUGGACAUGGUGGCUGCUGGUGGAGAAGCCGCCCUGAUGCCCUCACCCACCAGGACCAUCACUCCCGCCCAGAGUCCGGUGCAGACGAAGAGGAAGCUGCAGCCCACUGUUUCCACGGAGAAUGCAGCCGGAACCACAGCCAAAAAGAAGGAGAAGCCGGCCAAUAGCUCGUUUGUGAUCAGCAAGGAUGGGGCGCCACUGACUGAGGCACCACCACCCACCAUCAUCGAACCCCAAGUCACGCCCAUGGAGGCGGAAACGAUUGCCAACGUACCAGAGGAAGUCCCAGCUCCCAGUUACUCUCAGAAGGAUAUGCAAAUGGUGGGUGAUCUCUGCGAACAGCUGAUGGGAGAUGGUACCAAAAGUAGCAGCACCACCUCACCGGCAACUGCACCACCUGCACCCACACCAGUUGCUCGCCAGGCCACCAGGGGAAAACUGGACGCUGUGGUGGAGACUCCGGAGGAGAAGGAUGCCACCAAGGUGAUCAAGAAGUUUGUGAACAAGCACAAGACCGCCGAUCUGGUGAAUGCCAUCAAUGAAAGUGCCUCCAAGGCGGCGGCGCCAGUGGUGGCUCCACCGCCCUUUGUGCGCAAGUGCAGCCUGCAGGAUGAGUCCACGCUGAACAAGUUCAAUGCGGAGCGGAGGAAAUCGCGAAUCCUGGAAACUGCCGAGAAGUUCCAACCCCCGCCGCCGGUUACAGGGGCAGGAGCAGCAGCAGCUCCGGAGAAACCCAAGAAGCUCAGCAUACCCGGCGUCAGUGUGGGUAGUUUCAAGAAGGAGUUCGAAAAGAAGGCCACCAAUCCGCCGGCUGUCGAAGGACCCACGCCCGGUGAGCUGAGGGCUCAGGAGCAGGUUGCAGCAGCGGCUGCGGCCGCCCAGGAAGCCGAAGCACUGAGCUCACCGCCCCCGUCACCAGGGGUGGCCCAAUCCCUAGAGGCCAGCGACUCCAAGAACUCGGUGGCCUCCGUUUCGCUGGACGAGGCCCGGCGCUCGAUGGAGAACUCCAUUGCCCUGCUGCUGCAGGCCCAAAACGAGUCCAGCAAGGAGGUGGACCAGCUGUGUGCCCAAACGGAGACCAUCGGGGUCAGUGAACCGGCAACUCAGCAGGAGCGCGAGCGUAAGUUAAAGAACGCCCGCGCCAUCAUCGGAAAUGCCAUCCAGCCAGUGAUACGCAGGCCAACACCGUUUUAUGGCAUCGGCAACGGCAACGGCAACGGCUUUGGCAGUGGCAUGGUGGGUGGAGUGGGAGGUGGUGGUGCUGGUGCGACUGGUAACAUUGCACCCAAGCGCGUCCAGAGUGGCAGCAAUUUUAUGGGCUAUUCGGGAGGAAUAUCACCGGGAGCAGGAGCAACAUCGCCACCGAUUUCGGCACCUCAGACGGCACCGCCAGUGCUCGUAUCCCCCAAUGCGUUGGCAGCGGCCAAGCAAACAAUACAGCAGAGGAUAUUCGGCGGUGGAUUGCCCAGUCCCAAUGGCCAGUCUGCAAGCCGAAGACCAGCCACUUGGCAGCCGCAGAACUCCUACAGCACGGCCAGCAUUUUCCAGCCGCCUCCGAGUGCACAGAGUCCCUUCAAGAUGCUGCAGCAGCAGUAUCAGCAGCGCUGCCAGGAGGAUCAGAAGACCAGUGCUCUAUUCACACCACCUCCAUCGCCUCAAUAUGCCGCCAGCCACGCCCUCGCCGCCCAACCAGCAGCAACCUAUGGGAACAGCGGCGGCAACAUCAGCGGUGCCAGCAGCAACAGCAACAGCAACAACAGAGGCAACAGCAACAGCGACAACAUGGGCAACUGCAACACGCUGCCCAAUGUCAAAUACAAUGUCAAUUCGCGCACGAGACCAUUCAAUCAUAAUCAAGCUCAAGACACACUCAAUACCAAUGCCAGUGCCAGUGCUACAUGUGCCUUGCCUGUGGCUAUGUGGCUGAAAUCCUCGCCGGGCAUCGAAGGACCUCCAACUCCACCCGGAGCAGUGAAGACAUCGACGGCCUCGAUUACCCUCAAAUCGGCCACCCUGCCGCGUCGCAAGAUAAACGCCAAGGCGGAUGUGCAGCUGGACAUCAAGCCACGAAUCCCGGAACAGGGGGCACCUCCCCAGUCGGCGAUGCGUUUCAGCACGGAGAUGCAACAUCCGGUGGCCGAUCUGCGCAGUGCUCCGCCCCGCGAGGGCCCCAUCCCCUACAGCCCCAUCAAGACGACGGUGCAGGCGAGGGCCACCAGUUUGGAGCCCAAGGAGCACGUCAUCACCAUCCAACGACCGCCCACGCAGCACGCCUACGGACGCACCAGCUCCAACACAACCACGCGUUCCGGCUCGCUGUCGCGGCAGUCGACGGUGGAAUCCGAGUCGGAUGCGACCACCACGGCCACGAAUCUAUCGCAGGCCACCAUCACGAGCACCUCGCAGCCCAUCAAGAAGAGUCCGCGGGAGUUUAUCAUCCCGAUUGCCGUCGAGGGAGGCGGCUUCAUCACGCCCCGGGAACGCAGCGUGGAGCCAUCGGAAUCGAGCCACACCACCAGCAGUCGGUCCACGUUCACCCGCCUGCGUCCAUCGCGUCGCAUUGGCUCACUGUUAAGCGAGGCGGGCUUCGAUGAGGGCUCGCCAUUCCAGAAGAUGCGCACCACGUCGAUAUCCCGGGAUGGCGUCAGCGGAGGAGCCGAGGACGAGGCCCGCUUCACCCCGCACCGACUCAGGAGCUCAAGACCUGUCAAGAAAAUUAGUCAAGACAACGAUUCGCAAAGCUCCAACGAGGAGGACGAUGACGACGACGAUGGCUUUGAGAUACUCACGGCGGAGAAUCUGUUCUCGACGUUGCUGCAGCGGGUGCGGGCCCUAACGAAUCGGCUGAAUGUCAACAGUGACCUGUCGGUCGGUUUCCCCAGCCAUUCUAGUCGCCUGCUAACGGACAUUUCGCGGCAGGCCCAAAGUCACAGUCCAUUCUGGAGCCAGGGCAGUCCCUUUGCCAGCCGCCUGAAUAGCAGCAACAGCAGCGGACUGGGAGCUCCGUGGCGACAUAGUAUGUCCCGGGAUCUGGGCAGCGACAUGGAAUCGAUGUUCUCGCGCACGGGGGCCACGCUGCCAAGAGGACAUCAUCAGGGGAAGGCUAAGCCCAGCUCAGCGCCUGCCCAGGUGGAAAAGGAUUCGGUUAAUGGAUCUGCAACGGCCACUGCGAGCAGCGAGGAGCCCUUGGACCUGGCUGAUUUGGAUCUCUCCAGGCUGCGACUGAGCAAAAAGGAUUUGGAGACUCUGUCCAGCAUCACACCUGGAUUGCCCAAGUGUUUUCAGGAGCAGUUGCUGGCCAAGCUGCCACCCACCCAGGCACGCAAGCUAUCCCGCACCCUGAGCGUUCAGACCAGUGCUCCCAGUAGCUCCUCCACUCCAAAGGUCUACAAACGCAGCCAGAGCGGCGGAAGGGGCUACCAGCCGGAUCAGCAGCAGCAGCAACAGGAGGAUUUGGUGGACCUGGCCAAGAGCAAACCCCUGACAGAUGCACCCAAAACCACUGCAGCUAGCACAGCCAUUUACAGGCGAAGCCUCAGUCGCAGUCUGGCGCCCACGCAGAAUUCUGGCCAGGAUUCAGAGAGCCGGGCCAACCCACAGACAACCAAAAGCCGCAGCAGCAGUGUCUGCCGGGAUGACUAUGGCAAAUCCUCCCUCUGCAGCAGCAGCACUUACACCAGCGACAUCAGCGAGAAGUACAAGUACUACUCCCCCUAUCUCAGCAAAUCAAGCAAUGUGAGUCCAUCCCAGGCUGCCAAGGAUGCGCCGGAGAAGCGUUACAGUGGUGGACUUGGACGUCCUCCAAGUGGAUGUCUUUCGCCACCACCACCGCAAUUGCCACAAGUGGCUGCCACGGAGGGGAGCAGUUCCCUGAGGAUUGGACGCACCUCGCAGCGACGAAUUUCCCGCUUUCUGCGUCCCGACUUCUUCGAUGAUCCCAGGGAUCGCGAGACCCAGAGCAUGCUCAGGGAAAUCCGUGAAAAGUCCAUCGAUCGCCAGGAAAGGGGGCAGGAACAGGAACACACACAUGAUCUGAGACGUCGCAAGCACAGUUUGCCCAAUGUGGAUCAGGCGGAGGCACCUCCGGAAGCGGCACCCAUCAGAUCCUCCAUGCGGCAUUCACGCAACAAGAGCAUGGAACUAUUUACCGAUGCCGAAUCAAAAGGUCAAGUUCAGGAGUCAGUGAAAUCCUUAUCAGCCAGGCAGCGAAGUGUUUCGAGGGCUCGGGAACUGGAAACGGAACUGGACAAGCACGAACUGGCGGACAAGAUACUCCAGGAGCUGCAGCUCCUAUCCGCAGUGAGAACCCAACAUGAACAGACCCAGGAAUCGGAGAAAACGGAAGAGACAUCCACUAUCAAAAAGGUGAAGAAGUUGAAGCCCAAGGAAUCCCCAGCAAAUGAGCCAGAGCCAACCAAAAUCUCUUCCACGACUACCUCAUCUUCAUCAACUACUUUGGUGAGAAAAGUCAAGAAGGUGGUUAAGAAAACGGAUGAAGGUGCCAAGGCUACUGGCACCGAGAGUGCUGAUCUGGUUAGCGCUGCUCCCAAGGAAACCAAAUUGAAGAGACCUAAGUCGUAUCCCAUGAAAGAUCUUGGCUUAAGCCUCAAAUCCUCUGCUGAUCUUCCAGAACCAACUGCCUCAUUCCUGCCCAGCAAACUGCCCAGCAAGCUGCCAUCGGGGCUCACCAAUGAAUCUGCAGGAGAGCCUGCUCCUCGAGAGAGUCGGCUGAUGAGGCCCAAAAGUUACCCAGCCACCAAACUGGCCACGCCCAAGGAGCUGCGGAAGGUAACCCGCAGUGGAGUGGCCAUACCCACUAUAACAGAAGCGAUUCCUACUCCAUCGGCCAUGGCGACGCCCACUAGUUCUAAGUCUACUUCCGAGGAGAAAUCCCUGUCAGCCACACCAACUGGAACCAUGUCUACCGUUACGGAUGCCAAGGAUACGGGUUCUUCCUCCAGCGAUUCGCGACCCACGACCAUUAAGAAGAUUAUCAAGGUGUCCAAGAAAUCCAAGCUUAUACCACCCACACCUGUGACCCCCACCACACCAACCACAACUGCAACCACCACUGCAAAUACCACACCUGUAGACAGCUCCAAGGAGUCGAGUCCGGUGAUCAAGGCCAAGGAGAAGUCACCGGAGAAGAAGCCCAGCAAGGGAUUGCUCUACGCUUUGGGGCAGAAGUUCGAGAAACUGCGGGACUCCGCCAUGAGCAAGGAGAAAAAGGCUGGCUCUGCUGGAGCGGCAGCAGCAUCCCUGGCCUGCACCCAGAAGCAGGGAUCCCCAGAGGAACGCUGCUCGCCGGAGAAGUACAAGAAGAACGUUGUGGAAACUGAGAAAUCCCUAGAACUUUCUGCCCCAGAAGACAAACGGGUGGAUAAACGAUCUCGCUUUGACACUAUGCUGCGCUCCUUGAGAGAGAGAUCCGUACCCAGGUCCCAACCCAAUGGUCGAGUGAGUCCCAAGCGAGCAGCCAGUGUGGAGGAGCUCCAUGCCGGGUCACAGGAGGGCCAGGGAAAAUCCGGUGGAGCAGUUAACAAGAUGUUCGGAGGCUUCUUGCGACGCUUCGACAGGGAGAGCAGUGAACAACGCCGGGUCAGGAGCACCCGAUCCACCAGCAACAUUGAGCGGCAGGUGCGCGAAGAGCAGGAUCGCCUGCUGGACGCAUCGCUGCCCACAUCACCCAUCUAUCAGAAUGUGGUCAAGGCUCAAGGGUCAAAGGUCAAGGCUACUCCAACGCCAGUAGCCGUUGAGGAGAACUGCAAUUGCGAGACAGCCUGUCCAGAUUGCCGGCAAAACAAGGUCCAGAACCUGACCACCAGCAGUGCUCCAAGCAAUACAGCACAAGCGGCAAGCAGCAAGGAGAAGCGGAAGGGCCUGAUGCUGGAUUUGGCCAGCGCCAAUGCCUCUGGCAGCGGAGCUCCCAGCUCGGUGACCACAGCCACCACAACCACCACCAGCGGGAGCAGCUAUCGUGGAUCCAAAACCAAUCCGGCUUUGCUCAAUGGCAACGGAGGACUGGGCAUGGGCAUCUACUCGAAUCUGCCCCCCUAUCCGGGAGCCAUCAAGAGUGCCAGCUCCAACAACAGCUCCAGCCAGCAGUCUAUGGAGAAUGCCACCAACAAUAACUCCACCAAUACCAACAAUAACUGCAGUUCACAAACCUCUGGCUACAGGACCUCAUCGGCCCAUGAGAUCAAUCGGAAUAAUCCCCUGCUGACGCCCUCUUUCGAGAACAUUGCUAACUACUCCUCGGAUUCGAGGAGCUAUCAGGAUGACUGCGCCUCUACCUCGACCUUCCUUUCGCCCACCGAAGAGCCGGAGCUGUACUUUGACAAUUGGUCCAUCUGCUCCGAGGACAACUAUAUGCUGCAUGCCACGCCCUCGCCCACGGUUUCCCGGCUGUCGAGGGCUUCCCUGUCCUCGCCCACCCGCUGCUCCGAGAGCUCUGAUCCCAACGAGAGUGUGAUCGAUAGGAUUAAGCGACGCAGCUUCUACAGCCGUUUCAAUGAGCAAAAGAAACCGAGGCGCACCAGCAGCAUAGUGGGUCCUUCUGCGGUGAGGGAUUACUAUAGGGAGCAACAGGCGGCGGUUAAGGCGCGUUCCAGUCACAAGCUGCAUGCUCCGGAUCCCAUGGAUCCACCGCCAAGAGCCCAUUCGCCGGACAUAGCCCAGCAGUUCUUCAGGCCGCUGAAACUGAGUCCCGUGGGCACGGAACUCAAGCCUCCGGUCUACCGCUCGCCACUGGAUUACUCGUCCUCCUCGGCGGGGGCCACCAGCAAGCCGAGGAAGAGCUUGAACGACAUAAGGAAUACCUCACCCUCGUUCCUUAGCAAACGGUACGAGACGACCGACUACAGUUCGGUGCCGAUGCGGUACAAGAGCUCCUCCAGUUCGAGUCCGAGCAAUGGAGCCAUCGCCAGCGGCUAUUACAACACUUACAAUCCGAAGCGCAGGUCAUCGUAUACGCUGAAUGGCAGCCUGCCCACUGCCACGAGCGGAAGCAGUGCAGCAGGUAGCAGCCACCUGGAUGGCUAUGCCACCCUGGGCAGGCGAUCCAUUCGGCCCUAUGACCAUCGGACUAUGUCCCUCCUGGAGCCACCGACGACGAGCAGCAGCCGGAGCGGCGAGGGAGUUUCCUCCUACCAGAGGAGAGAGGCGAGGACGCCAGUUAGGGAUUACACCUCCAGCAUUUCACGCUCCGGAUCACGUUACCGCACUUCAUCGGCCACUCGCAGUCCGACAAACAUUUGAUGUACCACACCGCAGAAUGGCUUCUGCAUCUUUUGCUACUACUCCAAACGGAAGAAGGUGAAUCCCGGGCUCGGACAUGGUCAGGUCAUGGGGACGCCGCCCAACACCACCGCCUCCUCGUCAUCCUCGCGUGCCAGCAGCGGCGGCGCCAAGAAGCAACAGCUCCACCCCGCCCACUACAACCAUCAUCACAACGAGCAGCACAAGUUCUAGACUGGCCCCGAUCCGAUCCCAGAUCCCAAUUACUAUAUACCAAACACCAGAUACCGACUACCAAAUCCCAUUUAGGCUUAGAGAUUUUUGAUAAUUUUUUUUAUGGAACUUAGCCAAAGUUAUACUCUAGUGCAGACUUUUGGACGCUGCCCCUAGUCGUAGGUUUGUUGUAGUUCGGAUAUAGCGGAGUUUCAGCCAUAGAUCGUGACUCUAAAAAAAUGCGCAUAUGCAUUAUAUAUAUAAAUACGAUUUUCAAAUGAUUGUGCCUUGGUUCCUUCGGUGGUUUUAGAUUUAGUCAAUAGUCAUAAAACGUUGAUUUUAAUCUGUAAGUUUGUAAGCGGAGCGAAAGCGGAAACGGAUGUGGAUAGAGAAGAGAGAAGAGAGACAACCGGAAAUGAGAGACGUGUUUCACAAUAUAUGUAUAUGUAUUUUCUAUGCUAUUUUUGUGAGGAUACCUCGCGCCGAAAAUGCGUUAAAAAUUUCUAUGAAAUAAUUUUAACAACAAUUUUUUUGCAUUAUACAGAACUGAUGGAUUGUUUUCGAGAUUUGAAUAUAUAGAGUUUAAUAGGGACUACUUUCGUUUGCUAGGACUAUUGAUGUUAUUGCGAAAUAAUAGAAAAUAUGCGAAUUGUGAGCGAAACGAUGAAAGAGUGCUAGGUAAAACGUAGGCAACAAACGAUAAGCGAAUUUAAAAAAAAACAAAUUAAUAAAAACACACGGAACAAAAAGUAAUAGGUCUAGAGUUUUGGGUAGAAUCCGAAUUCGAAGUUCAAAUUGUAAUUAGAGCGUGAGCAUGAGCAGCGUUUUCUAAAAAUAAAUAAAAACCGAAUCACCAAA